AUAUAAGGUAUUUCUUGUAAAAUUAAAAUAAAAUCUUUUGAAAAUAUUUUUAUAUAGGCAAAAAUAGAAGAAUAUAUUGAAGAAAUUCAUCUUUGUUUUUAAAAUAUUAUAUUUUAGAAAUAAAAAUAGGAAAAUAUAUUGGAGAUUACCAAGGAGAGACAUAAAUAUUAAAUUUUGAAUUCUGUAUACUGUAAUUCAAUUCAGACAUAAAACACGUGUUCCCAUUAAUGCGUUUCAUCUUCUUUCUCUGUUCGAUUCGAACCCCUAGAUACUCCGGUUUUGACUCUGAGAUUGUAAUUCCUCCAUCGUCAUAACAUAAUCCUACACACCAAUUUCGACGAAUGCUGAAAUAAAACAAAAAAAUGCCAAUAGAGACAACCGAGAACGAUGCGAGGCCUUUGAUUUUAACCGGAGGUGGUGGUGGAAGGAGGUCGGCGAGGAGACAAGGCCUGAGAGAAGCAGCAGAGAGGUUACUCAGACAUGCAAGCAGCGGGAGGACGACGACGAUGACGGCGAGAGAGCCGUCGAUGCUGGUUCGCGAAACAGCGGCGGAGGAGCUCGAGGAGAGGCAAAGCGAUUGGGCGUACUCGAAGCCCGUGGUGGUUCUUGAUUUCGUCUGGAACCUCGCCUUCGUCGCCGUUGCGACAGCUGUACUCGUGCUCAGCAGCGAUGAGAAGCCCAAUACGCCGCUUAGGGUUUGGACCGUUGGGUAUGGGUUGCAGUGUGUGAUGCAUAUGGUCUGCGUUUGUGUUGAGUAUCGUAGGAGGAGGAGUAACAGGAGUCCUUCUUCUUGUAGUGAAAGCAAAAGUUUUACAAAGCAUCUAGAGUCUGCAAAUACAAUGUUGUCGUUUAUAUGGUGGAUUAUUGGAUUCUACUGGGUGUCUUCUGGUGGCCAAGAGCUAGCACAAGGGUCACCUCAGCUUUACUGGUUGUGUAUAGUCUUUCUUGGUUUCGAUGUGUUCUUUGUGGUUUUCUGCAUUGCACUGGCUUGUGUGAUCGGCAUUGCUGUUUGCUGCUGCUUGCCUUGCAUCAUUGCGGUUCUGUAUGCAGUUGCAGAACAGUUGAAAAUGCAGGAAGGAGCUUCUAAAGAAGACAUUAACCAACUUACGAAAUUCAAAUUUCGAAAAGUUGGUGUGUCUACUUUUGAUGAAGAACAAGCAAAAGGAGAUUCAGGAGGAGUGAUGACUGAAUGUGGUACAGAUUCACCCCUCCAACAUACUCUUCCUCAUGAGGAUGCAGAAUGCUCCAUUUGUCUUUCAGUUUAUGAAGACGAGACAGAGCUAAGAGAACUUCCUUGUGGCCACCAUUUCCAUUGCAAUUGUGUGGACAAAUGGCUUUACAUUAACGCUACUUGUCCUCUCUGCAAAUACAACAUCCUCAAGAAUAGCAACUAUGAAGAUGGCGAGGUAGUCUAACACAGAAGAAGAAAAAAACUUGCAAAUAUGCGGAUACAUGUAUCACAUUAGCAGCGAGGAAGCCAAGAAAUAAAAAAAAAGAGUUCAAAAAUUGAUCAAGUUGUAGUUUUAUCUUUUGCUUGUUGUGUUAUUGUAAUACACUGUUUAGUUAUGUUGUUUUAACAUUUUCUGGUUCUUACUUGCUCAACAAGACAACAUCUUGUUUCAUGAUUAGUGGAUAGCGUAAAUUCUUAUUAACUGGAAGAAGACUCGUUUGAUACAA